AUGCUUUGGUUGCAGCUGGCCUAUAACAACAAAGUCACUUUCCAUCCUUUUCCUUCCCAAAGUCUUAUCCUUACACAGAGAAAGAGAAAGGAAACAAUUUUUAGAAGAAAUUUAAAGAGAAAGAUGUCAGAUGCCGAAAUAUCCCUACAUUUAGUUGUUUUCCUUCCUUAGAUUCUCACUGAUAUUCAUACCCCCCCCGUGUGCCGCCUCCUCCUCCUCCUCCUCCUUCUCCCUCCAUUAAUGCCCUCCUCUGCACCUUCAUAUACUCCCCAUCUCCACCCUUAAUUUCACAUAUAAUUAAUAUUUAGUUUAUUUUAGUUAUGGCAAUUCUUUUGGUGUAUCUUUUGCUCUGUUUUUUGGCCUUCACCGGCUUCUUCAUCAUGUUCCGUGCUUCCAGGUGUCGGCGGCUCCGGUUGCCGCCGGGGAGUCUGGGCCUUCCUUUUGUGGGUGAGACUCUACAACUGAUAGCUGCUUACAAGACGGAAAACCCAGAACCGUUUAUCGACGAGAGGGUGAACCGGUAUGGUCCGAUCUUCACCACCCAUGUUUUUGGGGAACCGACGGUUUUCUCCGCCGAUCCAGAAACGAACCGGUUCAUCCUGCAAAAUGAAGGGAAGCUCUUCGAGUGCAGCUACCCAGGUUCCAUAUCGAACCUGCUCGGAAAACACUCGUUGUUACUCAUGAAAGGGAGUCUUCAUAAAAGAAUGCAUUCCCUGACGAUGAGCUUCGCCAACUCGUCGAUCAUUCGGGACCAUCUCUUGGUCGACAUAGACCGGCUGGUCCUGCUCAACAUGGAUUCCUGGACCGGCCGGAUUUUUCUCAUGGAAGAGGCCAAGAAGAUAACGUUUGAGUUAACGGUGAAGCAACUGAUGAGCUUUGAUCCGGGAGAAUGGAGUGAAAGCUUGAGGAAGGAAUACGUGCUUGUUAUUGAAGGAUUUUUCACUGUUCCGUUGCCGAUUUUCUCCACCACCUACCGGAGAGCGAUCAAGGCUAGAACGAAGGUGGCGGAGGCGUUGGACUUGAUAGUAAGGCAAAGAAGAGCAGAGUACGAACGAGGAGAGAGAAGGAAUGAUAUGUUGGGAGCUCUGUUGGCCGGAGACGAUAACUUCUCCGACGAGGAAAUUGUGGAUUUUUUAGUGGCUUUGCUGGUUGCCGGCUAUGAAACUACCCCAACCAUCAUGACACUGGCUGUCAAGUUCCUCACGGAGACACCUUUGGCCCUGGCUCAGUUAAAGGAAGAGCAUGAGGAGAUAAGGGCAAAGAAAAGUGAGACAGAGGCACUACAAUGGAGUGAUUAUAAAUCCAUGCCGUUUACUCAGUGUGUGGUUAAUGAGACGUUGAGGGUGGCAAACAUAAUCAGUGGAGUGUUCAGGCGAGCCAUGACAGAUAUUCAUAUAAAGGGUUACACAAUUCCUAAGGGGUGGAAGGUUUUUGCUUCGUUUCGGGCAGUGCAUCUAGACCAUGAACACUUCAAGGACGCCCGAUCUUUCAAUCCAUGGAGAUGGCAGAAUAAUUCUGGGGCGAAUAGCAGUCCAGGAAAUGUGUUCACACCAUUUGGCGGGGGGCCACGGCUGUGUCCAGGCUAUGAGCUUGCUAGAGUGGAACUCUCUGUUUUUCUACACCACCUAGUCACCCGGUUCAGUUGGGUUCCAGCUGAAGAGGAUAAGUUGGUUUUCUUUCCAACAACGCGAACUCAGAAGCGGUAUCCCAUCAUUGUGCAGCGUCGGAACUCAUCUUGAACUUAUCUUUAGCCAUGUAAAGAGUAAGACCAGAAACCGACCGAAGGAAAAUAGAGAAAAUAUAAAGUAGGAAUAGAUUAAUGAUCUUGUGAUGUCAGUCAGCGGAGUCAAUAAUGAGGUGAAUAGGGUGGCAGAUGUAAAUUAUCUAUAUAUUCUUAUAAGCUGAGUUUCAGUGGUAGUGCGCACCUUUUUUCUCCAUGUGGUUGUAUCAUUGCUACUUUUAGUGGCAGCUAAUUCUCUCUUUGAUGCAAUGAAGAGAUGGAGAGUUCUAGGUUCUCUGAUGAUGC